AUGAAGGAAAGACAAAAAAUGCAGGACAUUACAAAGGAAGUCAUUCAAGAGAUAUUAAAGACGUAUGAAUUAAUAACCAAGGAGUUGAAAGAAAUAAAAAAGAGAAUUAAAGUUCAGCCAGCUGAUGAAGAGGAGGAGAGAAGCACGCGCUCAAUACUAAAUGAAUUUUUUGCUGGCCUAGAAGGAAGUGAAAAAUGCAAGAAGAAGCACUGA